AUGGCGAAUCAUGCAGUUCGAGUUUCGGUAGAGACUGUUUUGGAAAACCAGGUGCAGGAGAUUGCCCUCGAUGGAACAGAACUAUACGUUCAGCCACUGUCUAUGUCAGAAAACCUGACUAAAUUGGCACACAAGAUCGACUUCUAUAAGGAUGAGAGUGCUGAGAAAGGCAAAGCUACUUCUGAGGGAGAGAAGGAGAAUGAGGAAGAAAAAGCACUGGCAAAGUUCCAACCCUCACUUUGGCCCUGGGAUUCUGUGAGGAACAAGAUUAAAGCCAGUUUAAGUGAGGUCAGUGUAUUGUUGGAUGUCCUAGCCAUCGCUAGGCAAGAGAAGUACAUGGUUCUGGACCCCGUAUCUCAAGAACCCACCGAUACGAAAGUUGGAGCAUUGCUGAUGGCAAAGAAGAAGGGUUUGAGCUCUGCUGCAUCCAUCUUGAUCUCUGGUGCAGAACGGUUGAAGAAAUCGCACUAUGAGUUGAGCGUUGGAAGGACAACACCAGACUUUCAUAUUGAACUCCUCCGAUUAAGACAAAACUGGAGACUCAAGAAAGUUGGUAAUACGAUUCUGGGAGAUCUUAGUUAUCGAUCAGCUGGCUCAAGAUUCCUCCAGGGAGGCACAUUCGAGGUGAAGAAGAGUGAUAGCUCCAGUUCCUCUGCAGCAGACCCGACUACACCUGGAGCCCCACCAAGGGGCGCCCUCCAAGUAGUCAUACCAAGUGAAUUAGAAGGGGUGGCGUACAUACAAGUGGCCAUCAAGCGGGUUGAAGAAACGAAACAUAAAGAACAUAAGUUUUCUGCGAUUGAAGCGAGUGAUGUUGCUAGUGCCAUAUUGACCAUCGCAGCCAAUCUGGAAACAUCUGUACCAUCUGAGGCUUACUGGCAGCAGAAAUUGGAGGCUGCACAGAAUGUCAUCUUUUGCAAAGAGUUGUUUGCCCAUCUUGCAAGAGAAGCAGUCCAAUUGAAGUCGCAGAUCUCACAUGUCGUCAUUGGAAAACAAAUUAUAUCUAAUUUGUUCCCCGGGGUUCAGUUAUCUAUUGCACUCUGCCACUAUACUGGAAAAGAUAAAAAGACUCCCCCUAUGCCCCACCGACCUGAACAUAACCAUGUCUUGGAGCAUUCGUUACAUCAGCUGUUGAGAGAAGUGCAUUACAAGAACAUCCAUCACUCUUCACCACAUCCUGUCACUACGACUCUGGGGGUCAACAAACGGCGACGGAUGGCUGGACCGCAUGCAUUUAGUAGGGAUGAUCUGAUUGAGAUGUCACAGUGCGAGACGUUAUUAGAACAAAUAAUCAAACAAGCGAAGCAUACUGUCCUGAGACAAAAGACGAUGCAAUUCCUUGAUGAGUUUUCACGUAUCACAGCUGACCCCCUCAUAGCCUCUCAUUGGAACAGUCUCAGCUCGGCUUUAGAAUCAACAGUCAAGAUUAAUAUUACAUCACAAGGUUAUGAUACCGUGCGGACGACACAAGCUCUCAUUGUCGGGACAGACAACAUCAAGGCUGUUUGCCGAGAUGGGCGAGUUAUCACAUUAUCUUUUGAGGAACAAGAGCUCAGAGACUUUAUACUUUGCCAGAUAGCCCAACAUCAGAUCUCAGCAGUGCAAACAUUAUCGAAGAUGAUGGGUUGGCAGGUGUUGUCCAUCAACACUCAUGCAGGCGUGGGUGACAUGGAACCUCUGGGAAACACGUCAACGGUCAUGCUGGCAUCACCUACUGGUGAAAGGGUUCUAUCAAUCAGGAGUGCUCCAGUCAGUGGUAUCCAAGUGAGUGUGCAGAGCUGCCCCAAACAAGCUGACGAGACAAACAGUAAUCACACGCUAGUCAAAGACAAUAAAUGGACAAGUCUCGGCAGUCCGUUCAAAUCUAUCAAUGUCAAUCGGAUAGAAGGAAAAAACUUGGUCAGUAAGAUAGAACUGCUUAUGGCUGCUUUGGCAAAGUGAGGAACAAGUCAAUCUGAUUUUGGAUCAAAAUCAGUGCAUUUUAAGACUACUGUACAGAAUAUGUGCUAUGGUCUGUUGUGUCAGCAAGAAAAUGAAAUUGGUGAUUCUACCGGCCAGUGUCGUGGCUGCUGGAAAAUGGCCAUACAUGUAGGGAAUCUGGAAGCCUUUGUCAUGUUAGAUGAAGGAACAGGGUCGAAUAUUCAGGAGGUUGUGGACUCUUUUCCGACUGUUUUUUCUUUGUAUUUUUAAGUAAGACACUUUGAAACUCAACCUGAAAAAGGGAUAUAAUGAAAUAUUGAUAAACUGCCUGUAUGUUUGAUUUCUCGACCUGUUUCUACUAACUUAUCUAUUGUAACUCAUAAAACUUUUUUCAAAAA